UCAGGCAUCUUUAAGAAGAACUUACUUCAGUCUUAUUUCUGAUCUCAAAAUCUUUCAAGAAGUUUUAACAAUGGCGAACAAAGAAGGUGAAAUCUCUCUUCUGACCCCGUACAAAAUGGGGAAAUUUGAGCUUUCUCACAGAGUUGUUUUGGCACCCCUAACAAGGCAAAGAUGCUUGGGCUAUGUCCCUCAGCCACCCAUGAUCUUAUAUUAUUCACAAAGAACAUCCAAAGGCGGGUUUCUUAUUGCUGAAGCUGCUGGUGUCUCUGACAUUUCCCAAACGUCUCCGGAGAUGCCAGGCAUAUGGACUAAAGAACAAGUAGAGGGCUGGAAACCUAUUGUGGAUGCGGUUCAUGCAAAAGGAGGAAUGUUUUUCUGUCAGCUAAUUCAUGUUGGAAGGGUUUUAGAUACAGUGCCAAACGGGAAAUCCCCUGUGUCUUCCUCAAACAAAAAACUAGCAUAUCAACAACGAUCUCCGAAGAAGCUAACAACACAAGAGAUUACGCUUGUUGUUGAUGAUUUCAGAGUUGCUGCAAGAAAUGCAAUUGAAGCUGGUUUUGAUGGGGUUGAGAUUCAUGGGGCUCAUGGCUAUCUAAUCGACCAAUUUUUGAAAGAUGAGAUUAAUGACAGAACAGACGAAUACGGUGGUUCUCUAGAGAACCGUUGUAGAUUUGCUCUUGAAGUAGUUGAUGCUGUUGUGAAGGAGAUUGGAGGAGAUAAAGUUGGCAUAAGAUUAUCCCCAUUUGCAAACUACUCGGAAUCAGGUGACUCAAAUCCGGAAACUUUAGGUCUUUACAUGGCUGAAUCUUUGAAUGAGUUCAAGAUUCUUUACUGCCAUAUGGUGGAACCUAGGAUGAAAUCAGUGUAG